AUGGCAUCAUACUUCCGCAAACUGGUGUCCUAUGCCGCCACCGACCGUGUAGCCGUGGUCGACCCCAUCGACGCGUCUCGCCCACCUAGAAACCACACGUACUCGCACCUUCUCACACGGCUAACCGUCUUCCGCGAACGCUUCAUAACCGCCGCCGAACACAACAAUAAAGAGCUCUUUGGUGCCCGAAUUGGUCUGCUUGCGCCGCCGGGUUUGGACUUCGUCGCUGCAUUGCUGUCCGUGUGGAGCGUCGGCGCAAUUGUUGUGCCGAUAUGUUCAAGUCAUCCGCCGCUGGAGAUGGCACACACAGUGAACGAUUCCGACCAGGACUUUAUCAUCUAUCAUUCGAGUUUCAGGAGCAAAAUCCAGCCGCUCAUGGCUGGCCGGACGUGUAUUGACAUAUCACAAAUCCCAGCGGAAGCAGUGCCACAAACGACGUUGGACUUCACGAAACUUGGCCUGGCGGAUGAGAAUCCGGGCAUCAUAAUAUAUACCUCUGGCACGACGGGGCCUCCUAAGGGGGUGGUUCACACAGGAAAGUCUUAUGCAUUCCUCUUCGACUCCUUAGCGGAAGCGUGGCAGAUGACUUCCGAGGACCGCAUCCUCCAUACGCUUCCACUCCAUCACGGGCACGGUCUGCUUUUGUCAUUGCUGCUGCCGUUGUGGACGGGCGCGACCGUCGAAUUCGUAGCCAAAUUCAACGAGAACCUUAUCUGGGGUCGAAUGAUGGACCCUACACGCCCUCCUAUCACCGUCUUUAUGGCGGUGCCGACCAUCUGGGUGCGAAUGAUAGCACACUAUGACCGCAACUACAAAGACGAUCCCGUCAAAGCGACUAAAGCAACGAAUGCAGCAUGCCGGCUUCGAUUGGCUAUCAGCGGCUCAGCAGCAUUGCCAGCUCCUAUCCGAGACGCCUGGAGUCGAAUCGCAAAGGGAUAUCUGCUUCUGGAGCGAUACGGCAUGACGGAAACUGGAAUCACGCACUCGGAGCGGCUGGCAGACGGGGGACGCAUCCAGGGCAGUGUUGGCUGGCCGCUCCCCGGCGUAAGGUCCCGUCUGAUAGCAGCAGACGGGCGCGAUGUGACGGAUGUCCCAGACAUUAUGGGCGAAAUACAAGUCCAGAGCGGCGGUCAGAUGCAAGAAUACUGGCGCAAGCCCGGCGCCGCAGAAAAAGACAUCACGCCCGACGGCUGGUGGCGCACAGGUGACCUGGCGCUCACACGCGCCACUCAUCCCGGCGCCUAUUUCAUCCAGGGUCGCGCCAGCACCGACAUUAUAAAGUCCGGCGGUUUCAAGAUCUCCGGCCUGGACAUCGAAACUGCGCUGCUACAUUUGCCGUUCGUCGAAGAGGUCGCAGUCGUGGGCGUGCCGGACCCGGUAUGGGGCGAGGCAGUGGCAGCCGUCUGCGUGCCCGUGGAGGGCAAAGCCGCGGAGCUGACGAUGGCGAAUAUCAGGGAGUGCCUACGGAGUGAGCUGGCGGCGUAUAAGCUACCUCAGAAGUUGAGGGUGCUGGAGAAGUUGCCCAGGAAUGCGAUGGGCAAGGUCCAGAAGAAGGCGCUGCGGGAGCAGUGCUUUCCACAACAGCGGAGUGCUAAGCUGUAG